AUGGAUUCCCUGGUGGAUGGGAACCACACUGCAGUGACAGAGUUCAUUUUAUUGGGCUUAACACAUGAUCCAGUCCUUCGAGUCAUCCUCUUCAUCAUCAUCCUGUGCAUCUACCUGGUAACUGUACCUGGAAAUCUCUGCACAAUCCUUCUCAUCAGAGUCUCCACUCAGCUCCACCACCCCAUGUACUUUUUCCUCAGCCAUUUAGCUUUUGCUGACUUAGGCUACUCAUCUUCUGUUACACCGAAUAUGCUGGUUAACUUUUUGGUGGAGAGAAAUACAAUCUCCUAUGUAGGAUGUGGCAUCCAGCUUGGGUCAGCUGUUUUCUUUGGGACAGUUGAAUGCUUUGUUUUAGCUGCCAUGGCCUAUGAUCGCUUUAUGGCCAUCUGCAAUCCACUGCUGUAUUCAACCAAAAUGUCCACACAAGUCUGUGCGCAGUUACUUGCAGUCGCUUACACAGGAGGUUUUCUGAAUGCUUCCUCUUUUACCCUUUCCUUCUUUGGUUUAUUUUUCUGUGGGUGCAACAGAGUCAAUCAUUUCUUCUGUGAUUUUGCUCCUUUAGUUGAAGUAUCUUGUUCAGCAGACAGCAUCCUCACAGUUGUUCCCUCAUUUACUGCUGGCUCCAUCAUUGUGAUCACAGUGAUUAUCAUAGCCAUUUCCUAUAUCUACAUCCUCAUCACCAUCCUGAAGAUGCGCUCCACUGAGGGCCGCCACAAGGCUUUCUCCACUUGCACCUCCCACCUCACUGCGGUCACUCUGUUCUAUGGAACCAUUACAUUCAUCUAUGUGAUGCCUAAGUCCAGUUACUCCACUGACCAGAACAAGGUGGUAUCUGUGUUCUACAUGGUGAUGAUCCCUAUGUUGAACCCUCUGAUCUACAGCCUUAGGAAUAAUGAGAUUAAGGGGGCUUUGAAGAGAGUGCUUGGUAGUAAAACAAUUUUUAGUGAAGUCUUUUAA